UAAUUGAUUUCGCUCGUCCGUUUGGUGCCAAAACAUUUUGGUUUCAAUUUCAAAACCCUCCCAAGGGAAAUAUCGACUUCGCUAUCCUCCUUAUUCUCUGAAGCUCUCUUUUUCUUUGGGUAUUUCGCUGUGGUGGCUUCGUCUACGAAGAGCUAGGGUUUUCCCCUGUUUUUUUCCUGGAAAGAAGUAGAUGAGAAGGAGAGGACCAUCAAGAGAAUUUUCUGAACUCAGAAGUUGUUCUGGGAAGAAAAGUGUGGAAAGUUGCAAGGUUAGAGGGGAUGUUGAUAAAGUUGUGUUCAUCGAUCUUGAAGAUGAAGAUGUCAUCGAUGUUGAUUAUCCCGAGUCUUUACAGCCACAGUCACGAGGUUCCAGUACAUUGAGAAAAGAUGGAAAAUCUAAAUUCCGUAGUUUCAUCUAUAUAGAUGAUGACAAUGAUGAUGAUAAUUACGUUACUCCUGUAAUCUCUGUUGAAGAGGUUGGAGACCUGGAUAGUGAUGCCACCUCAAGCAAAAGUUCUUUUCCUGCGUCUAACUAUAGGCAGAAUUCUGUAACUUCGGAUGGCGAUGAAUGUCAGGUUGUCCAGGAAAAGGGUUCUGCAUUAAAGCGGUCAAGUUGCAAGCAAACCCGCUCUGGUAAAGCUCCUGGCAGAAAUCGUUAUGGUUUAGGUUUUGAGUCUGAGAGUGAUUCAUCUGAUAGUGAAUAUUCUGAUUGCGAGCUAAUAGAAGGGUCUUAUGGGAAGCUUCAUGAACAUUGGGAAAAGGCUUCUCAAAAGAGAAAACAUGUUGUUCAUAAUGGUCAGUCUGGUUCAGCCGAUCAAGCUAGUGGAUCUGGAUCUCAUAGUGAUACCCAUGCUAAUGUUGAAGUAGAGAAUAGGACAGCACAGAGAGAUGUCCCUGUUUGUUCAAGUUCAAAAAAUGGAAAUUAUGAAAAGGAAAACCUUCCAGACUUUAUGGGAACCCGUGAUGGCCACGGGGAGGGUAGUUCUUUUGGUCCCCAAAUGGAUGGUUCUGUGGAAUCAAAUCAAAAUGUCCCAAAAGAAGAUCCUCUUAUUUAUGAGUGGCAGAGUUCCCAAAAUGAUAAUGAAGAAGAACAAAGUCCUGAAGAGCCUCCCUUGUGGUCUAAGGAAGACCUAGGUGGUAAACAAUCUGAACAUACAGGGACUUCUUUUAUGGAUAAUGUGCAAAAGUUCAGGGAUGAAACUAGUUUUUCUGAUUCCUUGCCGGGUUCUGACAAUGAUAAAGGGAAACCUAGUGUUUUGAAUGAUGAAAAUUUUUCCUGCAAAAACAAACAUUCUGGUGAAAUGCCUGGUGACCAUGACAGAGUUGAAUUAAGGGGCAAGAAGAAUAAUGAAUUUCAUGAUGCUUCUUCUAGUUGCAAUACUUAUUUGCCAAAGGAGUGCAGAAAUGGAGCUACUUUUGAGGAAAAGGACAAAACAGGUUCUGGACAACCAUCUGAUGAAACACAGAUGGAUUGUGGUUUCACCCCUUCUGAAGACAAAAUUGGUGCUGUCCAUGAAAAAUCUUGUUCCCAGGAGAAUGUGAUGGUAGACUUUGAGGAAGUAUCUUUGUGCAACACAUCGUGUAAUGGAGCAAGUAGUGAUCGGGGGGGAUUUGAUUCAGAAAGAGGGAAAGAAUCAUGUGAUUUAAGGGAUAUGUUACAUGCUGAAGAUGGUCAUGCGAGUCCUGUCCAAAGAGAUGCAGCCACUGUAGAAGGAGAUAUAAUCACUGAUCGAGAGAAGCUCAAGGAGACUGCUGAAUACAAGCGAGCAAUAGAAGAAGAAAUGGCAUCUAGGCAGCAAGUCUUACAAAUUCAGGCAGAAGAGGCACAAAGAUUACGCAAGAGGAGAAAGGCUGAAAACAUGCGGUUAUUAGACAUGCAGAGAAGGCAAAAGCAACGUGUGGAAGAAGUAAGAGAGACGCAAAAGAAGGAUGAAGAAAAUUUAAAUUUGAAAGACCAACUUCGUGCUGAAAUAAGGAAGGAGCUUAAAAGAUUGGAAUUGACAUGCAUAGAUAUGGCUUCUUUGCUUCGUGGCUUAGGAAUACAAGUGGGGGCUGGCUUCUGUCCUCUGCCACAUGAGGUGCAUGCAGCUUAUAAACGGGCAUUGCUGAAAUUUCACCCAGACCGGGCAUCAAGAACUGACGUACGCCAACAGGUUGAAGCUGAGGAAAAAUUUAAGCUUAUAUCUCGCAUGAAGGAAAAACUUUUAUUAACUUCAUGUUGUUGAACACAUAGUUUGAAUUUGGUUUCACAAUUGAUCGAUUUUCUGAUUGCAAUAGAUUAGGUAUUUUUUUUUACCCUUUUUCUGGCGGCAGAUGCAUUUGCCUCAUAGCUUCAGAUUCGUCAUUGGAUCCAUUGGCAUUUUUUCAACCUGAUUUUAGCAGGUGACAAAUCUAUAUUGUAAAUCAGUUGUAGUCUCUCGUAGUUAGCAAAGGAAAUUAUUGAUUCAAUGUA